AAAUAAAUGGAAUGUUAUGAAUUAUGAUCACAUUCCUCGGAUUUUUUCACAUUAUAGAAAGAAAAGAAAAGGAAAAAAAAAUAAAAAUAGCCCCCGCCCCCAAAAUUGACUGUUUUCUGGUCUUUAUUCUCACUCUAUUCGUUCUGCUGUUUCAAAUUACACACAGAACACACGCAGUGACGGUGUAGUCGGAGCUUCUUCUCUUCCCCAAAUUCAAUGCUCUAAGAUCUGCCUCUGCCCCAAAUUUCUGCAACUCGUGAAGUGGAAUUUGCGAUUUAGAGAUCUAUGGCGGCGGAGCCGGUGAAGCAGCGGCUGUGGGACGGAGUAUUGGAGUUGACCAAGGCUGCGCAGGAGAGAGGCACCGACCCCCUGCUGUGGGCUAUGAAGUUGUCCUCAAGUCUCGCCGCCGCCGGAGUUUCCAUGCCCUCCGUUGAGUUGGCGGAGCUCCUCGUUUCUCAUAUUUGCUGGUCGAAUAACAUCCCAAUCGCAUGGAAACUCCUCGAGAAGGCGCUCACUAUUCGUCUUGUUCCCCCCAUGUUCCUUCUUGCACUUCUCUCCACUAGGGUAAUACCAAGUCGAAGGAGGUACCCUGUGGCGUAUAGAUUAUACAUGGAGCUUCUUAGAAGAUAUGCUUUUUCACUGCCGUCUCUAAUCAAUGGUCCCAACUAUCAGAAGACUAUGGAAUCCAUCAAAGACGUGCUCCAGUUUUACCAAAUAUUUGGAGUUCAAUCCUCUGAACCAGGGCUUCUUGUUGUUGAAUUUAUAUUUUCAAUUGCAUGGGAGCUACUUGAUGCAUCGCUUGACGAUGAAGGUCUAUUCGAACUUACCCCUGAAAAGAAAUCAAGGUGGCCAAUCAAGAGUCAAGACAUGGAAAUAGACUGUCUUGAUGGUUUUGACGGGAAAAGUGUGGAACGUCAGGCAGCAUUGAGUAAGAUAAAUACUGUAAUGGCUAUUGAAAUAAUUAGUGAACUUUUUCAGAACAAAGUAACUUCCCGGAUCCUUUACUUGGCCCGUCGCAACAUGCCGUUGCAGUGGGAAUGCUUCAUUCACCAUAUGAGACUGCUUGCCGAGAAUUCGGCAUCUCUAAGAAACUCAAAGAAUAUCUCCCCAGAGGCACUCUUGCAGUUGACAUCUGAUACACGCCAACUUCUUUCUCGUGAAGGCAAGACGAACUCACUGCAACACUUUCAUGCAGUAACAGCUAGGUCUCCUAUAUCAUCUGCUGGUCAAUCUCAUGGUACAGUGUGUUCAGCACUUUGGCUUCCCAUAGAUCUUUAUUUAGAAGAUAUAAUGGAUGGAUCACAAGUCAGAGCUACCAGUGCUGUACAAAAGUUGCUGAUCCUGGUUGCUAUUGCAGGUUUAGUGAAGGCUCUCCAGGCUCUGAAUCAGACCACUUGGCAGGAUGCAUUUCUCGGUUUGUGGACUUCAGCUUUACGUCUUGUUCAGAGGGAGAGGAAUUCGAGGGAGGGUCCUGUCCCUCGCCUUGACACUUGUUUAUGCAUGUUAUUGUCCAUUGCAACACUUGCAGUUGUGAAUAUUAUUGAAGAAGAGGAGACUAUGUUGAGUAGUGAAGCUGAACAAAGCUCUAUCAGCUCAAGAAAAAAAAUUGAGUCAGUGGGGAAGCGCCGUGAAGACUUAAUUUCUAGCCUUCAGCGGUUGGAUGAUUUUGAAGGGUUGUUGACUUCUCCACCACCUGUAAGUUCAUUGGCUAAUCAAGCUGCCGUGCGAGCAAUGAUGUUCCUUUCAGGCCUAACUGUUGGCAGUGGUCACCUUAGUGGCAUGAGCUUGAAUGAGAUGCCCUUGAAUUGUUCUGGAAACCUUCGCCAUCUGAUUGUUGAGGCUUGCAUUGCUAGAAAUGUAUUGGACACAUCAGCAUAUGUGUGGCCUGGAUAUGUAAAAGGUCGAUGCAACCAAAUUCCUCGAAAUUCUUCUGGGCAAGGUCCUGGCUGGUCGUCAUUAAUGAAAGGGUCACCGUUAACUCCUCCAAUGGUCAGCGCGUUGGUGUCCACCCCGGCUACUAGCUUAGCAGAGAUAGAGAGAAUGUAUGAGAUUGCUGUCAACGGUACAAAUGACGAGAAAAUUUCUGCUGCUACAAUAUUCUGCGGGGCUUCUCUCUGUCGUGGUUGGAAUAUACAGGAACAUACCGGCUUUCUGAUUACAAGAUUGCUUUCACCUGCUGUUCCUACAGAUUUUUCUGGAAGUGAGAGCCACCUGAUAGGUUAUGCUCCAUUUCUGAAUGUUCUUCUUGUCGGAAUAUCAUCUGUCGAUUGUAUUCAGAUUUUUUCAUUGCACGGCUUGGUCCCUCAACUUGCAGCUGCAUUGAUGCCAAUCUGUGAGGUCUUCGGUUCCUCUGCACCGAAUAAUUCAUCGAGUCUUAACACAGGGGGGGAAAUUUCUUCUCAUGCUGUAUUUUCAAAUGCAUUUACUCUGCUGCUGAAGUUGUGGAGAUUUGAUCGGCCUCCUCUGGAAAAUGUAAUGGGGGAUGUUACUCCAGUGGGAUCUAGUUUAACCCCAGAAUACCUCUUACUGAUGCACAAUUCCCAGUUAGCUUCAUUUGAAAAUCCACCAAAAAAUCAAAAUAAAACUAAUAAAUUGUCGAGCUUGUCAUAUCCAUCUUCUAGAGGGCCCAUAUUCAUGGAUUCUUUUCCAAAACUGAAGCGUUGGUACAUGAAGCAUCAAGAAUGUAUUGCAUCUGUCCUUUCUGGGCUUGUACCUGGAGACCCUGUUCAUCAAAUAGUUGAGGCACUCAUGAACAUGAUGUUCAGAAAAGUCGGCAGAGGAGGUCAACCGCUGACUCCUACGACUUCUGGGAGCAGCACCUCAUCUGCAUCUGGAACUGAUGAUUUUUUUAUCCGUCUUAAGUUACCUGCUUGGGAUAUUCUCGAGGCUGUUCCCUUUGCCCUUGAUGCUGCCCUUACUGCCUGUGCCCAUGGGAGACUAUCCCCACGUGAAUUGACAACUGGGCUCAAAGAUCUUGCUGAUUUUCUCCCCGCUUCUUUGGCGACUAUAGUAAGUUACUUUUCAGCCGAAGUGACUCGAGGUCUUUGGAAGCCUGCUUCAAUGAACGGAACUGACUGGCCAAGCCCUGCCGCCAAUUUAUCCAUGAUUGAGCAACAGAUUAAGAAAAUCGUUGCUGAUACAGGUGUUGAUGUUCCAUGUCUUUCUGCAGGGGGCAGCUCAGAAUUGACACUUCCAUUACCCCUAGCAGCUCUUGUUAGUCUCACAAUAACAUACAAACUCGACAGAGAUACUGACCGUUUUCUAAACUUGGUCGGUCCAGCCUUGAGUAACCUGGGAGUAUGUUGCCCCUGGCCGUGUAUGCCCAUAAUCUCCGCUCUUUGGGCACAAAAGGUAAAGCGUUGGAGCGACUUUCUUGUCUUCUCUGCAUCACAAACUGUGUUCCACCACAACAACGAUGCUGUAGUUCAACUCCUCAAAGUCUGCUUCACAACAGCUCUUGGUCUAAAUUCUUCUUCAGUUGCAACCACCGGUGGUGUGGGUGGUCUUUUAGGGCACGGCUUCGGGUCCCACUUUGCCGGCGGAAUUUCCGCCGUAGCCCCUGGAAUACUCUACUUGAGAGUCCACCGAGCGGUAAGGAAUAUCAUGUUCUUGACCGAAGAGAUAGUCUCUCUCUUAAUGCACACAGUCAAAGAUAUAGCCAACAGUGGGUUGCCCAAAGAUCAAAUCGAGAAGCUCAAGAAAACCAAAUACAGCAUGAAAUACGGGCAGGUCUCUCUCGCCGCUGCAAUGAGACAGGUGAAAGUCGCGGCUUCUCUCGGUGCUUCGAUAGUUUGGAUCACGGGUGGAUUGAAUUCUGUGCAGUCUCUAAUUAAAGAAACGCUACCAUCUUGGUUUAUAUCACUUCACGGAUCAGAGCACAACGGGGAGGAAUCUGGUGGGAUGGUGGCUAUGCUGGGCGGGUAUGCACUUGCUUAUUUUACGGUAUUCUCUGGAGUUUUUGCGUGGGGAGUGGAUUUAGUAUCACCUGCGUCUGUACGAAGGGCGAACGUUCUUGGUAAGCACUUGGAAUUUCUGGCGAGUGCUUUGGACGGCAAAAUAUCACUUGGGUGUAAUAAGGCCACGUGGAGAGCUUAUGUUACAGGGUAUUUGAGUUUGAUGGUGAGCUGCACGCCUAAUUGGAUGCUUGAAGUUGAUGUUGAAGUAUUGAAGAGAGUUGGUAAGGGACUGAAACAAUGGAAUGAGGAAGAAUUGGCUUUGGCCCUUCUUGGAAUAAGUGGCAUCGGUGCUAUGGGUGCUGCUGCAGAAAUGAUUAUAGAAACCGGAAUCUGAUUUUUUUUUUAAUUUUUUUUUUAAAUUUACUUCUGAAUUUGUGAUUAGAGUUUUAGUUUGUGUUUUUUAGCAGUGUAGGUAUAUAUAGAUGAUAUUCGUAUGUAUAGACUAUGUAGUACUAGAAAGUUGUGUAUCCCGAAAUGCAAGGAAGGACAUUCUAGAAGGCCGAAUUCAUUCGACGCAGACUCUUGAGCACUCGAGCAGCGGUUCUUCGUUCUUGUGAGAACAAGAAUGUAGACUUCGUUUCGAUUUGUUUGAUGCUAUAUUUGGUGAAUUUUGUCGAGUAUGUUUUCACUAUGUAUGGUGUUCUUAUUAUCUACCUAAACACGAUUGGGUAGGUUUACACUUUUUAUGCACAAACAAGCAUUCG